AUGCUCCGACGUCAAACCAGAGAACGCAGGGAGUACAUCUUCAAGAAAUCGCAAGAGUCCCAAGAGCGAGCCAUCUAUGAGAGGAAGCAGAAAAUCAAGGAUCUGCUGGCGCAGGGAAAGAGUCUGCCGACGGAAUUGAGGAAUGAAGUGAGAGAGUUGGGCGGAAAGGAGCUCGUUUUGGAUGAAGCGCAGCAAGAUCCGAGCGCGCUCAUCGACGAUGAGUAUGCCAAAGUCGGCACCUACGACCCGAAAAUCGUUGUCACCACCUCUCGUUCCCCUUCGUCCCGUCUCCUCCAGUUCUCCAAAGAACUUCGUCUUGUCUUCCCCAACUCCUACCGCCUCAAUCGAGGAAAUACAGUCAUCAAAGACCUCGUCGGCGCUUGCAACUCUCAAGGUGUGACGGAUCUGGUCUUGAUCCACGAGCACCGAGGUGUGCCCGACGCCAUGAUUGUCUCCCACCUACCACAUGGCCCGACAAUAUCGAUGACGCUGCAUAACGUCACGCUCAGGCAUGAUGUGAGCAGCAACUCGAGCACGGUGUCGGAGCAGUACCCUCAGUUGAUCUUUGAUGGGUUCUCGACAAAGUUGGGCGAGAGGGUCACGCAGAUCUUGAAGGCGUUGUUCCCGGUGCCCAAGGAGGAUGCCAAGAGGGUUAUGACUUUCGUCAAUGACAGUGACUUUAUUUCUUUCAGACACCACGUCUUUGCCAAAUCAUCUCACAAGGAUGUUCAGCUCGCCGAGGUCGGUCCCAGAUUCGAGGCCAAGCCCUACGAGAUUCGUCAAGGCACUAUCGACCAAACGUCCGCGGAUGUCGAAUGGCGUCUUCGUCCUUAUCUCCAUACCGCCAAGAAGCGCAACCAAUUCUAG